CGUCUCCCCGCCUCCCCCACCUCACCGAAGAAGAAGAAAAAGGGUAGGAAGACCGGCAGCAUCAAAUCUCAACUCUGCUUCUGCUGCUUCUUCUUGAUCGAGAGAGAUGGAGAGGGUCUUCUCGGCGGAUGAGAUCGCCGACUCUUUCUGGGCCGCCUCUCCCGCCUCGGCAGGCCUGCCCUCGCCCACCGGAGCCGCGAUGAGCCGGUGCCCCUCCGAGUGGUACUUAGAGAAGUUCCUCGAGGAGGCCGCCGCUUUCUCCGCCCCCAGCCCUAACCCUAGCCUCAACGCCAACCAAAAUAACUGUAAUACGGUCCCCUAUCCUCCGAGCGCCGUCUCCUCGGCCUCUAGCCGCAACCCUAGCCCUAACCUGGCACCCAAUCCCAGCGCUUCGUCCUCCACCGUGGGGUCCAACUUUUGUGGGGCCCCGAGGGCCUCUGGACGAGUCGGAAAUGGCGAGGUGGUGGAGAUCAAGGCCCCCUUCGGUCCGCCGGCUGCUGUCGAUCCCGGGAACUACCAAGCGCUUCUGAAGCAAAAGCUGGACGUGAUCUGUGCUGCAGUCGCCAUGUCUCGAAGCUCUAGUGUGAAUCCACAAAAUUCUGCUUCUGUAGCUGACAGCAGGUCACCGAUUUCAGAUGCUUCACAGUUUGGUUCUCAAGUACCUGUGAAGGGUGAUGGACCUGGUGGAGUUCCAGCUCUAUCCAUUUUGCAGAACUCAGGUACCCAAGGGAAGCCAGCUACCAGUGGUUCAUCAAGGGACCAGUCUGAUGAUGAUGAUGAUGACGAUGAUGAACUUGAAGGAGAAGCAGAGACCAAUGAAAAUAUGGACCCUGCUGAAAGAAGACGCAUGAGGAGAAUGCUCUCAAACCGAGAAUCUGCAAGACGUUCAAGAAGGAGAAAGCAAGCACAUCUAAGUGAACUUGAGGGACAGGUCUCCGAAUUAAAAAUUGAGAAUUCAACACUGUUAAAGCGUCUAACUGAUAUUAAUCAGAAGUACGGUGAUGCUGCUGUUGGCAAUAGGAUACUAAAAGCAGAUGUAGAGACAUUAAGAGCAAAGGUGAAAAUGGCAGAGGAGACUGUAAAGAGGGUAACUGGAGUGUGUCCUUUGUACCCGAUCAUCUCCGAAAUGUCAAAUAUCAGUUUACCGUUUAACGGGAGUUCAUCCGAUGCAACCUCCAAUGUUGUCAUUCCUGUUCACGACGACACAAACCACUUCUUCCAUGUGUCAGCAUAUGAUCAGAGAAAGAACACCUGCCUUCCUGACAUUGGGAUCCCUCCUACGGUUGAGGAUGCUGUCCAUGGUGCUGUGGCUGCGGGGAAGACUGCAGGAGCUGCAUCCAUGCGGCAAGCAGAUAGCCUGGAGCAUCCUCAUAAAAGAAUCCUCGGAGGACCAAACUCAUCCCCGGAAUGGAACUCAGCAGCAGCAUGGGAUCCGAAGACCUCUGUCACUGGCAAAAAGAAUCAGGGCUAACAAGUUUCUGGGACUGUGUCAUAUUUAGAUGUCAUAAGGACAUUGUCCAUUGUGAAGGCAACCUAACUACUAUUUUGGAUGCUACAAGUUAUACUCUCAUCUUUCUUGUUUGUCAAAACAUUAGUCCCUGUUUGGAAGGGCAAAAAAGGCAUCUCAGGUGAUUUCUCCUCCUUUUUUUCUCCAUAGAACAGUCCUGGUGAAUCAAAAUUGAUUCAAAUAUGUGUUAUCGACACCAGAAACAGGACAGUGUAUUCACAGCUGAAGCGUUCUCUGUGGUUCCUCCUCC